GUAAAAUAGAGUGAGGAUAAAAAAUAAAAUAUCGUAUACUAAAGUGAAUGUAAGAAAUAUUGCUUAUUUUUAUUAUGCUUACUAGCUUAUUAAACUGUUGUUUACUGAUUUGAUUUGGUUUUAUCUACUCUCUUUUAGCUUUGGAUUCUCAAAACUCAGUUAUUUGGUAAUAUUUAAAGACCAAGUCAUAAUCAUUAUUAAACAUGAGUGGGCCAAAAACUUUACCUCCUCUAAUUCUCGAUAAGCAUAAAGACUUCAUUAUGAAUUGUGCCCCCACCGAUGGAUCUUUAGAGCAAACUAUGAGUGAACAUUUGAAAAUGAGUGGCAUUUAUUGGUGUCUAACUGCAAUUAAUUUACUUCAAGGCGAUGAGUACUUGGCUAAUCAUCGCGCUGAAAUUUUGGACUUAAUCAGAAAAUGUCAACACUCCUCCGGGGGAAUCGGACCAUCUGAAAAUCACGAUCCUCAUCUUCUUCACACCUUGAGUGCCAUCCAGAUAUUAACCAUUCUAGAUGCUUUGGAGGAAGAUGUUGUUGACAUUUCAAAAGUUGUAUCUUAUGUCAAAUCCUUGCAACAGGAAGAUGGAAGUUUUUUCGGAGAUAAAUGGGGUGAAAUUGAUGUCAGAUUCUCUUUUGGGGCCAUUGCAACUCUUUCGCUUCUCGAUAAAUUAGAUGAAAUUAAUGUGGAAAAAGCUGUGGAUUUCAUUAUGAAAUGUAAUAAUCUAAUUGAUGGAAGUUUUGGUUCUAGGCCUGGUUCAGAAUCCCAUGCUGGUCUUGUGUAUUGUGCAUUAGGAGCACUGGCAUUGACAGGUUUUCUAGACAAGAUUGAUGCUGAUCUUCUUGGCUGGUGGCUCUGUGAAAGGCAACUUCCCUCCGGUGGUCUUAAUGGUCGACCAGAAAAGCUUCCUGAUUUGUGUUAUUCGUGGUGGGUUUUAGCUUCAUUACAAAUGAUUGGUCGUUUGCAUUGGAUUGAUCGCAAUAAGCUGGCUGAAUUCAUUUUAGCAUGUCAAGAUCAAGAAACCGGUGGAUUUUCUGAUCGCCCGGGAAACGUGGUUGAUCCUUUUCAUACACUUUUUGGUAUUGCUGGCAUAUCAUUAUUAACUCAUUUUUAUCAAACUUCAACAGAUCAAAGCGAUAAACCUGCACCAAUAGACUUUGAAUCAGUUAAAAAUUCGAUCGGCUUUAUUAACCCAGUUCUCUGUUUACCCGAAACUAUUGUUUCAAAGAAGAAUGUCAAAAUGCAAUUGUUAUUCCUUUAAACAAUCAAUAUUUAAUGUCAAUCUAUCAAAUCCAUAAAACUUUUUUCACUUUAUAUCUUUUAUCUAUGUAAAAUUUUUAUUGUCAUUGAAAGCUCGAUUAAAAACUCGAAGGAAAGAAAACUUUACAUCUU